CUCCACUCGCCGGUGGCCUUCCUCAGCCCCGCUGGUGAUUCUGGUCGGGCUUGUGAGCAGGCAGCCGGGCCACAUGACGGCAGUUCCGCAGGCGGCUCACUCGCUGACUUGUUCCCGGUGGGGAGCGCCCGCUAGCCCGGGGCUUUUCCAGGAUGGAGAUGUCGUCAUUGGCGGACUCUUUCAUAUCCACUACCAACCUCCUGACAUAGACUACGAUUUUGUUGGUGAACCAGACGACAAAGAAUGUACCGGCUUAGAGCAACACCCCUUACAGUACAUUUACUCCAUGGUGUUUGCCGUGGAGGAGAUCAACCGGAGUCCUCGCCUGUUGCCGGGUGUGACCUUGGGCUACCACAUCCACGACAGCUGCGCCUUGCACCCGUGGGCCACGCAGGCAGCCCUCUCGCUGGUGAGCGGAGGCGGCAGCACCUGCGACCCUGCCGAAACCCCGCAGGACGGUUCUGGAGAAAGCUACAGGAAAGGUGUUCCGUUGAUCAUCGGUGGUGCUUCAUCCAAAACGGCCAUGAUACUCUCCAAUGUGCUGGGGCCACUCUCUGUGCCUUUAAUGAGCUAUCAGUCGAGCUGUCCUUGUUUGAGCGACAGGCGCCAGUAUCCCAACUUCUUCCGGACCAUCCCUAGCGACAUCUACCAAGCACGGGCCAUUGCCAGGCUGGCCAUACACUUCAAGUGGACCUGGAUCGGCGCCGUUGUUGCAAACAAUGACUACGGUCUGGUGGCUGUCAAGGUGUUCCAGGAGGAGAGCGAGGGAUCCGGGGUAUGUCUGUCCUUUGUGGAGACUCUGAAUAGAGAAAACAUUGUGAAUGAUGCCAGGAGAGCUGCCCUCGCCAUUAAAGCAUCAAGCGCCAGAGUGAUCCUGAUCUUCACGUGGUACACGGACGUCAGGGAGCUGUUCCUGCAACUGGCCCAACUGAACGUGACAGACAGGCAGUUCUUUGCCAGCGAGGCCUGGAGCACCAGCGGCGAGCUUCUCCAACACCCCGUCACGGCAAAAGUGGCGAGCGGAGUCCUGGGCACGGCCAUCCGGAGCUCGCCCAUCGUCGGAUUCGAAGAUUACCUCCGAAGCUUGACCCCGUCGCGUCGCCCGGGUGAUUACAUCUUGAGGGACUUUUGGGAGACGCAGUUCGCUUGUACCCCUCGGCUAUCCGACGGCACAAUUGCGUCUGACCACACGGCCUCCCCGCCCCUGUGCCGAGGGGACGAGUCCCUGGAGGGAGUGGACAAUCUGUUCAUGGACACCUCGCAACUGCGGCAGGCCUACAAUGUCUACCUGGCUGUUUACGCCGCUGCUCACGCCCUUCACGACAGCCUCGACUGUCCUGACAGCUUCUCCGGGGACGGCAGCUCCGCCUGCUCCUCCCCCGCAAAUGUUAAACCUGCUGAGGUAAAGACACUUUGAUUUUCUUGACUAAUCUACAAUACAACAACAUUUAUGUCACUGUCCCCUUUUCAGCUGCUGCAGCGCCUAAAUGAAGUCAACUUCACCACCCCGCAGGGGGAGCAACUUUAUUUCCAAGGCGCCGACAUCCCCGCCAAGUAUGACCUGGUCAACUGGCAGAAGAGCCCCGACGGCUCCCUGAAACUUGUUCUGAUCGGCCGAGUGGACGGCUACGAGAUCCACAUGAACGACACGGCCGUGCAGUGGCACUCGGGAUCCAGUCAGGCGCCCGCGUCAACGUGCAGUGAGAGUUGUCCUCCCGGUAGCCGGGUGGCCAUCAGGAAAGGAGAACCCGUGUGUUGCUUUGACUGCAUCCCGUGUGGCGAAGGACAAAUAAGCAACAUGACCAAUUCGCCCAAUUGUGACCGCUGUCCACUUGAGUUCUGGUCCAACGAGGACCAUACGUUCUGCGUCCUCCGCCAGCUGCACUUCCUGGCCUUCAACGAGACUUUAGGGAUUACCCUCACUGCGGUAGCCGUUUCUGGUACCAUGGUGACCACCGCUGUUUUCGUGGUAUUCGUCUACUACAGACAAACUCCCGUGGUCCGAGCCAACAAUUCAGAACUGAGCUUCCUUCUCCUCUUGUCUCUCAACCUCUGCUUCCUAUGCUCGCUGCUGUUCAUCGGCCGGCCGUCCGUUUGGACUUGUCGCUUCCAGCAGGCCGCCUUCGGCAUUAGUUUUGUGCUCUCCGUGUCUUGCCUGCAAGUCAAGACCAUCGUGGUCCUGGCGGCCUUCCGCUCGGCUCGGCCUGGCGCCGAGGCCUUGAUGAAGUGGUUCGGUCCGAGCCAACAGAGAGGGAGUGUCUGUGUAUUCACCUGCAUACAGAUCAUUAUCUGUAUAAUUUGGCUGUCCCUGAGCCCGCCCCAACCGAAACCGGACUAUGAUACCCCGGGGUUAAAGGUGACCCUCAAGUGUGACAUGGUCUCAGUGCUGGGCUUCUCUCUGGUGCUGGGCUACAUCGGCCUGCUGGCCUGCACAUGCCUCCUGCUGGCCUUCCUAGCUAGGAAACUGCCCGACAACUUCAACGAGGCCAAGCUGAUCACCUUCAGCAUGCUCAUCUUCUGCGCAGUGUGGGUCGCCUUCGUGCCCGCCUACAUCAGCUCGCCCGGGAAGUACACGGUCGCCGUGGAGAUCUUUGCCAUUCUGGCCUCCAGCUACGGCUUGCUUUUUUGUAUAUUUGCUCCAAAGUGUUUUAUCAUUCUUGUGAGGCCAGAGAGAAACACCAAGAAACAUUUGAUGGCCAGGUAGCAACCACUUGUCAGGUUAUCAUUUAUUUCAAUGCACUACAUAUGAAAUGUAAGAUUUUUUUCGGAUUUGUCAUAAUGCAAGUU